GAUAAAGCCCGGUCCAACAAACAAUUGUUGCCCCUUGAACCCACGAACAUUUGAUUUCACUGCUUUACCACCACACCACGACUCCCCCUUCCCCCCGCUGAUCUCUUCACCUUCACGUCCGUCAAAAUGAGCAACACCGUCACUGUCACACAGGAAUCCGUCACCCUCACGCAGAACCCGGAGAUCACGGCGGAAAACGUCGUGCGCCUCUUCCCCGAUGUCAACCAGAAUGUUAUCGGAGGCACGCACCACUCGGCCGCGCAGGACGGUGAUUUGGCUGGGUACGACGAGGAGCAGAUCAAGCUGAUGGAUGAGGUCUGCAUCGUGCUGGACAACAAUGACACGCCCAUUGGCAGUGCGAGCAAGAAAGUCUGCCACUUGAUGGAAAACAUUGACAAGGGUCUCCUCCACCGCGCAUUCUCCGUCUUCCUCUUCGACUCCCAGAACCGGCUCCUCCUCCAGCAACGCGCGACCGAGAAGAUCACGUUCCCCGACAUGUGGACAAACACCUGCUGCUCGCACCCGUUGGGAAUACCCGGAGAGACGGGCGUGGGUCUGGAGGAGUCGGUUCAGGGUGUCCGCCGGGCGGCGGUGCGCAAGCUGGACCAGGAAUUGGGUAUCAAGGCUGCCCAAGUGCCCCUCGACGACUUGAAGUUCCUCACACGGAUACACUACAAGUCGCCGAGCGACGGCAAGUGGGGUGAGCAUGAGAUCGACUACAUUCUCUUCAUCAAGGCCGACGUGGACCUCAACGUCAACCCCAACGAAGUGCGAGACACGUGCUACGUGAGCCAGGACGAUCUGCGGACCAUGUUCCAGGACAAGUCGCUGAAGUUCACGCCUUGGUUCAAGCUGAUUUGCGAGAGCAUGCUGUUUGAAUGGUGGAACCACCUCGACAACGGACUGGGGAAGUACAUGGGCGAGAAGGACAUCAGGGUGAUGCUAUGACAUAAUGGAGAGGAAAGCCAAGUGAAGAACAGUACACAGUAGGAGGGCAUGCAAGGGCGACAAACUGUAGCACACGUGUGGGAGGGGUUUCGGGGCGUGCGAACCCCUCCCGAGAACAGCGAUUCGAGUGGGUAGAGACGGGCUCGGAAGAGGUUCUGCAUGACCGUGCAGGCGGCGCCAUUAUGCCAACAAGACCACAAUUGCUUUCUGGAGAUACCAUUUGACGAGUUUGCAUCUAGCUAAAUCGAUCAAGUGAUCAAGCAAUCAACAAGCUACCCUCGUCUUGUGCUAGUUAGCGGUGUGCAUUAUCGGAGUGUAGUAUCUCCU